CACACACACACCUGCACAUUCACAAACAUACACACAUGCACACUAAGUGCUUCUGCUUCCUACUUGCAGUUGUCAUUCUGGCUUAAGUACUUCUGUGGAUGUGCAAAAACCCAUGGGGGGCUACACCAAUUAUUAGCUUAAUGUGAGUUCAUUGUGCAUGCAGUGUUUCAGCCUGUAACUUUCCCAACCCUGGGGUCACCGUGGAUCCAGAUCAGGUUGGGGGGUCAGUGGAUGGGCAGUACAUUGCAGGAGAACCCGUGUGCUGCAAGAUGCCACUAAUCUGGAUCAAAACCCCCGAACAUGAGCUAUUCACAGCGCUGUGUUGUGACAAUGUUCCAGUGACCACAGUGUGUCCCGUGCUGUUAGAUCCGCCUCUCCCAGCUAAGCCAAAUAGGAGUCUGGCAGCGCAUUUGGCCCCGGGGCCCUUCAGGACUCAUGUAGCACACAACACAAAGCUUGCCGCGGAAAAACCGGUCCCCUUUAACUUGCUCCUCACUCCUGACACCAUUGCUAGGUUGCGGUCCCCAUCUGGUAGUUCUGCCAAUGCCUAAAGUGCCAGCCGCCAAUCAUCUCUUCCCACUCUAUCUAAAGUAUUCCGCAGCUGUGCUACUGUCACCAAAGCCCUUGUCAGUAGCUUCAUUCCCCUGGACUCACUUCUAGCAGGCUGAGGCUCAAAUCGCUUGUUGAAAGAGGAAUGCAGCAGACCUUCAGGAUCGCUAUGUCUGCAGGUGUACAGUGUCUGUCUGCUCGUGCACAGGCAAGCUGGGCGGGGACGAGCUUAAGCAGCCCUGAGCAGGACCCAGGUGUGAGUGACAUCUGUAACCAGCACCUCCCCCUAUGCACACCCAGUCUUUCUCAGUGGCUGCUGCUAGCAGAACAAAACAUAGUGAAAAAGAGACGGCCGCCCUAGCCGGCUGUACAGAUACCAGCACAGGAAAUGAAGAGAAAGGGAGGAGCCAGAUAAGAAAUGCAAGGAUAACAGAGAAAGUGGACCCAAAAGGUGGCAAAAUCAAAAUUCAUCAGUCCAUUGAGACCCCUCUUUGUCAGGAGCAAGUACUCCUUAUCUCACAGCCCAACAGGCUGCAGCUGGUGGAAGGGAGAGAGCAAAUCCUUUAUAACAUUAAACAAGAGUAUAAAAGAAUGCAAAAGCGAAGACAUUUAGAAACCAGCUUCCAACCAACAGAUCCCUGCUGCUCCAGUGAGGGGCAUCCACAGACUUUCAUCCCAUCUGGGCCAACUUUACCAGGCACAUCAGCCACAUCUCCAUUAAGAAAGGAGCAGCCGUUGUUUUCAUUAAGGCAAGUAGGAAUGAUAUGUGAGCGACUUCUUAAAGAACGCGAGGAUAAAAUUCGUGAAGAAUAUGAAGAAAUAUUGACCACAAAACUUGCAGAACAAUAUGAUGCUUUUGUGAAAUUCACACAUGAUCAGAUAAUGCGACGAUUUGGAGAACAGCCAGCUAGCUACGUUUCAUGAAUUGCUCCUUGCCUUUCUGGGCUGCAAGAUGUCCUAGUAAAGAACUGCAGCAAUGCCAUAUUCCCCUUUCCCUUUGAACACAGGUUAUUUCAAGCUUUUGUCAGUGGCAACCACUCUUACGCAGCAACUGGUUUUGGAGUGCUCCCUGAUGUCCGUGCCACCUGGAUGUGGAUCUAUGCUACCUGUAUUAAAUAUACCAAUGGCCUCCUUUGCUGUAUCAUUUAAAAUUUGGCUUCUUUUGUUAAUGUUUUAAAAUGGAAAGCAUUAAAGCUGGUGUUAAAGAGUUCAUGCCCUUUGCUAGAUGUGUAAAUAGUUUUGACAGGUUUUAAUGACUGCACAACAAACACAAGCAGUAUCCACUCGCACAGAUGGAAUAAUUCCUGGGACUAUUCUAAAGUGACAUCCAGCAGUUUGUGGGGAGCAAAACAAGGGCAUGCUUGUAUUAAAGGACUAUGGGGGUGGGGCGAAGGUAAGAAAGGAUUGGAUUUCUUAUUUUGUAGUUUAUUUAUUCUAUCAGUCUUUAACAAGUGUUUAAUGCAAUUUUUUCCGUCUAUCAUUGUUUAACUGCCUUGUAGUACUGGAAUUUAGUUGGAAUAAAAUAAAAAAACACAAA